UCCAAACUUUGACACAACUCCUUUUGAAUGAGACAUUUUGUUACAAUAAAACAAAGCCAGAUUUUGGCUUGUUUACAAUGCUGCUCAGUGGCAUAUCCCAUACAGCAAUCUUCCAAUUGUCAAUGUGCGCAAACGGACAAACAGCCGUGCUCGGAUAAUUGGCCACAGUAGGACAUGUUUUUCUCCUCACCGUCCCGCCUCCUGUACACAGCGAGGAACAUAAAAUGCACGGUUCAUGUCCGCUGUGGCUCGGUAUAUCACAGAGCACACAGGGUGAUUGGUCAAGAAGCCUUCCAUAAACUUUAGGUGCAGACCGUAAGAUAUCAUGAAUAAGUACCUGACAGGCGCAGUAAUCGGCGAAGGCACCUAUGGAACCGUAUACAAAGCCACGUGUCAAAAAACUGGAAAAGAGUUUGCCUUGAAAUGUCACAAGCGCGGCGUAGAGGAUGCAACCGUGAGAGAGCUAUCCUGUCUCACGGUACUACAGGGCCACCCUUAUGUGAUCCAGAUCCAUGAAUGUGUCAUCCACAAUGGAAUGAUGGCCAUGCUCAUGUCCUACGCACCCUACACAUUGUCGAACGUGAUUCACAGUGGACACCUGUGUCACGAGCAAGUCCGAGCGCUAGAGAUUAUUCCGUUGAGUUUCGUGGCUCGUUUUUCAGUUCAAGUGGCUGAAGCACUGUUGUACAUGCACAGACUGAACCUGGUGCACCGGGACCUGACGCCAUUCAACGUGCUGCUGACAGAAGAUCUAACCGUACAAGUCGCUGACAUGGGCCUCUCUAGACAUUCCUGUAAGUGGAUGGCGUACAGGGCCCCUGAAUUGUUUGUUGAAGGUGGCACCUCAGAAGACCACCCCGAUGCAUCACUCAUGCCUUGGGACCCUAAGACCCUGAUGCCCAAGGUGAUGGAGUGUGCACUGGUCAAAAGGAUUGUCUUCCAAUUGUUGGCUUUUCACGCGAACGAGAGACUUUUAGCUCACGCGCUGCUGAAGGACACCGAAUGGACUGAGGCUGCUCAUAUGACCAAAGAAGACAGAGACCUGGUCAGAGACCGGAUCUAUCGACAGCGGGUGUAA